AAACAAGAAUCAAUUGAAUUACAAGAUCAUGGAUAUUAUUCCUUUGAUUCUCUCCUCAUUCCUCUUCAUCUUCUUUCUCAGUUCAGCUCUUUCUCACUUUAGAAGAAGGAAGCUUCCCCCAGGUCCUAUUGGCCUGCCCAUCUUUGGAAACCUUUUUCAGGUUGGGCCGAAGCCACAUGUGUCGUUUGCGAGACUGGCCAAAAAGUACGGUCCAAUAAUGUCCAUACGGCUCGGUUCUGUCACAUCGGUGGUUGUUUCUUCCCCGGAGAUUGCCCGAGAGAUUUUACAGAAGCAUGACGAGGUUUUAUGUGACAGGGCAAUACCAGACGUUGCGAGAGGCCAAGCUAAUUUUCACAUCUCCAUGGUUUGGCUUCCCUACGGCAAUAGGUGGCGGAUGCUCAGACAAGUAUUGAACACUCAGUUGACACACAUGCAUAAGUUGGACUCCUUGGUCGAGUUGAGGCAUAAGGCUUCUAGAGAGCUUGUGGAAUUCGUGAAGGAGAUCUCUCAACGCGGUGGGCCGGAGAUUAUUGGGGAGAGACCGGUUGCUAUCGGAAACUUGGCUUUCGCGACCGCUCUCAACCAAAUGUCAAAGACUUGUUUCUCGCAGAAUGUCGCAGAAUAUGAAUCCAAAGAGAUUCAGGGGUUUAUGAAGGCGGUGAAAACAGUGAUGCAUGUGGCGGGACAGUUUAACAUAGCAGACGUGUUUCCUUGGCUUAAGACAAUGGAUCCACAAGGGUUGAGGCGCAAGUCUAAGGAAGCUUAUGGCUGGCUUGAGGCUGUGGUUGAUGUCUUUGUUAACAAAAGGAUGCAAUGGAGGAAGGAUUCUAGCCUUUCUUCUUCUUAUACACAUCAUGAUGGUGAUCUCUUGGAUUCAUUUAUAGACUACAGUCUUAAAGACCCUAACUUUAAUACUCAACAGCUCAAAGUCUUACUACUGGAGUUAAUUCUGGCUGGAUCUGAUACAACAUCCAUCACCGUUGAAUGGGCAAUGACGGAACUUCUUUUGAAUCCAGACAUAAUGAUAAAGCUUCGUCAAGAGAUAACAGAGGUAAUUGGCCCAAAGGGAGAAAUAGAAGAAGCUGACAUUAUUAAUUUACCAUACCUACAAGCUGUAAUUAAAGAAGCAAUGAGGCUUAGGCUAGCUGUUCCACUUCUAAUUCCCCACAAUUCCAAAGAAGAAGUUGAAGUUAAUGGCUACGUGAUCCCUAAGAACACACAAACAAUCAUAAAUGCUUGGGCAAUGGCUCGAGAUCCCUGCUACUGGGAAGCCCCCGACAAGUUCUUACCCGAGAGAUUUCUGAACUCAAACAUGGAUUUUAAAGGGCAACAUUUUGGGUUCAUUCCAUUUGGUUCUGGACGAAGAAUAUGCCCUGGGAUACUCGUGGCUCAACGCAUGGUUAGCCUCAUAAUUGCGUCAUUGGUUUACCAUUUCGAUUGGAAGCUUCCAAGAGGUACCACAAUAGAUAACCUUGACAUGGAUGAUGUCUUUGGCCUCACACUCCGAAGGGCUAUUCCAUUGCUCGCGGUCCCAAAACUGAUUAAACACUGAUAUAUGAUUAAUUAAAUGGUGUUGUGUUAAGUUAUUGAAAAUUGAGUGCAGUGUCAAGUUAAAAUAAAAGAUCUUUUGAUAGAUCAAUUGUCUCAUUAUUAGUGUCACAUGUUACUUGGGAUACAUCUUGUUUAACUUAAUAUUAGAAGUCAUUUCA